AUGGCAGGUAGAAGAAGACGUGGUCCUAAUUCAAAGUCUUUAAGGGUUUCCCAAGAGCAGCAUCAGCAACAAAAUCGAAGUUAUGAUAGUUCAAGGCUAAAACCGGAGCAAGUAGGAAGCCUAGUUCAUGAUGAAAGUGACACCAUUUCCUAUCGAUCAUAUCUUCUUCAAAACUUUAUUGCAUCGAGUGAACUAAUAGAUGUACUUACAAUUCAACCGAUUCCUAUGACUAAAAUAAAACCGCCGCCUGUUUAUCGGGGUAUCAACAUUGAGGAAUUUAGACAAACACUAGCCAAAGAAAAAGAACAGUUGGAAGAGCUUACUAGGUCAGUUGAUAGCUACGAGUUUAAGCUUUCUGACAAUUUCAAAUUUUUGAAAGAGAGCUGUAGAUCCCUUACUGAAGAUGAGCUGGAUGAUGAAAGGCUGAAUAGUAUUGCGGCUGGAUACUCGUCCAAAUUUCACAAAGAGGUUAAAGACGACCGCAUUGUAAUUCAUAAAGAUAAGUUUCUAGAUCUCCGUGGCGACACAUCGGAGGCGCCAGCAAAUUACUGGGAGAAACACCGUGAAAUGGUAGCAAAAAAGAAAGAAGAAGCAUUGAAGUUAAAGUUACUUCAGGAAGAAGAAGCUCGUAAACUCCAAGAGGAAGCAGACAGGAAAAUGCGGGAAGAAGAGGAGCAAAGACUAUUUGAAGAGCAAUUUCAACAGCAAAUUCAGCCUCCGCUUGCUGACCAACCGGUAACUGGUGAAGAAACACAGGUCGACCAACAAGCACCAUCUGGUCAGCCUCAGGAACGUGUCCCACCACAAGUGGAAGAAAAUCCACAAUCAGGAAUGCUGGGUUCAAUAUUUGGAGAGAUUAACGGUGACACUUUUAAUAAUGACUUCGAAGACGAAUUUGCCGAUUUGGACACGGCUUUCUUUUAA